AUGAGGGCUUACUGGUUUGAUAAUGUCGAGGGCGACCAGCGCGCACCUCAUGACUCCGGCCGCGCCGUUGAUACAGAUUAUCUUUCGAAGAUAGGCGUUCUAUACCGACGAUGCCCUUCUGUUGACGAUGUGAACGCCCUAGCUUCAGAACGGGGUUAUAAGAACCGCGAUGAGAUCAUCGUCUCGCCGGAGAAGAUGGGUGCCGUGUACGAAGAGAAAGUAAAGACUUUUUUUCAUGAGCACCUUCAUGAAGAUGAAGAAAUUAGAUACAUCUUGGAUGGCGAGGGGUAUUUUGACGUUCGCAGCGCAGGGGAUGACUGGAUACGCAUUCUGGUCGAGAAGGAAGACCUCCUUAUCCUACCUGCUGGGAUAUACCAUCGAUUUACGACAGGAGAGAGCAAUUAUAUCAAAGCGAUGCGACUGUUCCAAGACGAACCGAAGUGGACGCCCUUAAACCGUGAACCGAACCUUGACAAGAAUUCAUUCCGACUGACAUAUGUUGAAGCUUUGGCCGCGCCCUAA